AUGACGUUGGACCAAUCUGCCGCAGACACGUCCCUAGAGACGGUGAAAGAACCCUCUGCUGCAGCGCAGGGGCUUGCAGGGCCACCAGCUUCCCUGAAGCUUUUGAGAGGGGACAUCGAGGCUUUUGUGGUGACCCAGAGGCACAACCGAGAUCACGAGGUGGACGUGCAGCAGUUCAUCGAGAAUGUCUACAAGCCUCCGGACCGGUACGUCAUGGAAGCCCUGGCGGACGCCAUUGCACUGGUGGAGAACUCCAAUGGUGGCAAGUUGAAGCCCUCGAAGAUGUUCAAACGCUUAGAAUUAGGUGCAGAUCUUCAUGCCUUGUUCAGCUUGCUGGACAAGAAUGACCAGGGGGCUGUAGACAUCGGGGAGUUCACUCGGAACUAUCAGGUGCACCAAGGCUCUUUGUUGGACUCUAUGAUGCGGCCGAUCAAGUCUGUCAAGCAUGAAGGUGGCAUCGAAUACGGAGGCCCAGUCCAGGAGAAGAUUGACACGCAGAUGCGUGAGCUUGAGGAGAGACAUCACAGCCAGGCCUUGCGGUCUAGCUCAGCACCUCCGAACAGCGGAGAUGAUGUUGCCUCCGAAGCUGCCUCAAGGCUGAAGACACACAACGAGGGAACCCUGGCACGUAGCAAUGCAGGCAGCAACCGGUCUCAGAUAAGCCGCACUGGCGCAUCCAUUGCCAGUUCUGGCGCUCCCAUCUAUGAGCCACAGGUGAAUCAACUCACAGGAAAGGCACGGAUCAGUGACGUGAUCAGAGCCCGCUUCAAUGCAGAUGUGGGCGAGUACCUGUUCUCUUUGCAUUCCAGAGGCUGCUCAUCGCAGGAGGUGCGAUGUGAAAAUGGGAAGCCCACAGAGCUCCACUUGGAUGUGCAGGUUCUUCGGCAGAGGGAUCCCCACCUUCGGGACGAUGUGGUCAUCUCAUCCUUGGCAUCCUGGACACGGCACCGGCUGAAGCGUUUGCAGAUCAAUGGCCUUAAAGGUGUGGAGGAGGACGGUGCUGUACCUUCUGAAAUCUGCAACCUUGUGCACCUGGAGUCUUUGCAGCUUAACGGGAAUGGCUUCAAAUCAGUAGCUCCUUGCAUCACGAGAAUGGUCAACUUGAAAGAGCUUUACCUCGGCAACAACAGGCAGGAGAACCAGAAGUGGGCGAUCUGGUAA